CCUACAGAAGUAACCCUUAAAUUUAAAAGUACAUUACUAAAAAAAUCUGCAUUUCAACAAAUCUUUUACAAUAUUCCUGUAACAUUCAUAAAAACUGUAAAUAUACUUUAGAAACAUCAUAUAUAUAUAUUUAUCUCCUAAUUGACCACAAAUAGGACGCAGACAUGCAAGCUGUCACAAGUGGAAGCUAAAAUUAUCCCAUAUAACAGGAAGUUGAAUGACCAGUCACUUUUGUCACACACCCAGCAGUCUCAACUUCCUGUUUGAACCUCUUUUGCAUGUGUUGCUGGUUUGCCUUGACAGAAACGCACACACCCCUCCCACACACACACAGACAUGAACCCAGAAUGACAAAAAGAAAGCAUGCGACAGAUUCAGCCGACAGCAGGCGCACAGCACGGAGAUGGAGCCACAAGAGAUCAGAGAGGGAUACUUGGUGAAGAAGGGCACGCUGUUAAACUCUUGGUCAGCAGUGUGGGUUGUGUUGUCUGAGGACGGCCUGGAGUUCUAUAAAAAGAAAACAGACCGCUCUCCGAAAGGAAUGAUUCCCCUGAAGGGAGCCAAACUUCUCAGCCCCUGCCAAGAUUUUCCAAAGAAGACGCUGGUCUUCAAGAUCACCUCAGAAAAGAAGCAGGACCACUUCUUCCAAGCCUCAUACGUAGAGGAACGAGAAUUCUGGGUAAAGGACAUCAAGAGAGCUAUUACCUGUUUGGAAGGCGGGAAAAGGUUUGCCAGAAAAUCCACCAGACGCUCCAUCCGCCUCCCUGAAGUGAAUCUCUCAGAUCUAUACAUGCAGAUGAAAGACCAGGACAGUGGAAUAAGAGAGAUAAAACUGGAGCAGAACAACCGACUCUUCAGCUACUGCUUCACUGGCGUAACAGUGGUCGAGUGGAUGAUCUCAAACGAGAAAGCGAGAAAUAGGCCUGAGGCUCUUGUUUUGGCUGUGGGGCUGAUGAAUGAGGGCUUCCUCCAGCCUGCAGACGACACGUCAAAAGAGGCUGCAGAGGGCGGAGAACAAACAACUUUUUUAGAUGACACCAAAGCUCUUUACUACUUUGCAGAUAGUGGCUUCUUCUGUGAAGGUUACUCAAGUGAUGAAGACGUGCUUGUGAAAGAAGAAUUCAGGGGGAAUAUCAUCAAGCAGGGCUGCUUACUUAAACAGGGGCACAAGAGGAAAAACUGGAAGGUACGGAAGUUCAUUUUGCGCGAUGACCCUGCUUACAUGCAUUAUUAUGAUCCUUCAAAGGGUGAGGAUCCUCUGGGUUCCAUCCAUCUUCGCGGUGCUGUGGUCACAGCUGUGGAGUUUGUGCCUGAUGCUAAAAAGUACGACAUUGAUGGCAACCUCUUUGAGAUCAUCACCGCAGAGGAGACCCACUACUUCCUGCAAGCUGCAACAUCUGAAGAGAGAAAGGAGUGGAUCAAAGCCAUACAAGUUGCGUCAAAAAGCGGAAAAUAACAGGCGCAGCGAAGCAGCAGGGGGAUAUCUGCCAGCCACGAUUGUUACAGACCUAAAUUUACUCACUUUGUGAGAUUUUUCUUUUUUGUUCCUAUGCUGUUUUUACAUCUCUGCACACGUCAAACUAAUCUGAAUGCAUCUGUGCACCAUAAAGUAAAAAAAAAAAAAAAAAAACUUGUAUUUUGUUUUUGUUUUUGUUUUUGAAUAUAUAUAUAAAUUGACACAAAAUUCUCUGUAAAACCUAUAAAAAAAAAUCACAUUGUUCAAACGCUGGCUUUGCCAUUUCCUCUCUUUUGCAUCUUGUUCUGCCAUGGUCUCUGGUAUCACCCGAAAGUACUCACUUCCUGUCAGAAACGCCUUGCAGCUGGCGGGCAUUUGUGAGACAAAUUAUCGGUUUCCAAAAUAAGUGCUUUGAGUGACACCAUGGCUUCUAGCUAAAUGCCUGUUACAGUGAUGACAGCCUAACAGAUCAUUUAAAGAAAAAAAGCUUCAAGCUUUUAACUACUUGUAUUUUCAAAGCUGUCACCGUCAAAAGGUUACAUCCUUAAUUUUGUGAAGGCAGGAAGAUGAUGAUCCAUGAAUCUUAUUCUUAUAAAUGAUUAGUUGCACUUGAGCACAAAUUGUACUAAUUUAUUUCUCUGUUGCACAGAAUGCAUUUCUGAGAAUUGAGUCAAUCAUCACUUUUGGUAAAUAUAAUGCUGACGUUUCUUUUUUUUGUUUUUUUUUAAUUAAAUACCCACUCUAAUGAAAA